AUGCCUUUAAAAGGGAAUGAUAUGGAAUUAUUCCACUUUCUUUCCGCAGGACCUCAAGUGAUAAAUUAUGCGCCUGGUAUGUUGAGAAAGAAUUUAAAAAAUAUCUUGACAUUGAUUUUAGUGCAUCAAUUUACCCCAUUCCCGCCUAGACCAAAAUUACAAUUAGACAAUCCUCACAUCCAUCAACAACCCACUCCAGAAGAAUACCCCCCAAAGGAUGGUUAUGAAAAUGAUAGACAACUUAAUGAUGUCAAUGGUGCAAGGAGUCUUCUCAUUCUGUUUCCACCAACUCCUGCAUCGGAUUGGAAUUGUCCCACCGUAUCUAUAGUAAUUUCACGCCUAAAUGAGCUUAUUAACUUGGCUUUCAAUUUAAGUAUAUCGUUAUUAUCAACGAUCGAGCACCGUUUGGAUGAAAUUGGAGAUAUCUUUGGGAUGAAUUUGCAAUCCUUUCGAAAGAACCAAUGGAAUCUCUUGCUUUCCUGA